UCAUGCUGCUGCCAGGUCCAGAGUCUCUCAUGGGUCCCUUUACGGCCUCCCAUUGCUGCUGUCUCCAUCGCCACACUCUGCCAUGUGCCACUUUCAGGUCUCCUCACACACUGCUGGUGUGUUGAAUUUUUUGACAUAGGGUGCUGGCAGAUUACGGGCCUCCCAUAGCUGCUGCCAGGCCCCUAAUCUGCCAUGGGCCCCUAUACCGCCUCCUCAUGCUGCUGCCAGGUCCAGAGUCUCUCAUGGGUCCCUGUACGGCCUCCCAUUGCUGCUGUCUCCAUCGCCACACUCUGCCAUGUGCCACUUUCAGGUCUCCUCACACACUGCUGGUGUGUUCAAUUUUUUGUC